GCAAGGUAACAUCACAUAACGCGUUGCCUGUGAACACUAUGGCAAUUGGUAGCGUUAUACGAGCGCCUGUCACAUGUGAACUUGCUGCAUUUCAAGGUAGCGCAGCAGCCAAACAGCCUACUUCUACCAAAGUUCAAGACAGGCCAAUCUGCUGGAUGCGAUCACCACUAUGCUUAUGCCAGCGAGCAUGGAGAUCUUUUGUGAGCACAAACAAAAUUGUGUAUGUCAAGAGAGUUGUGGAGUUCCUGACAAGCUUGGCUCCACUGACGACACUUGCAAUCAUAUCGUUUCUGUGUUAUUAUUCACAUCAGCUCCUGGAAGCUAACAACACGAAUACAGUUGUGGUAUAUUUCUUCUGCAUUGAAUUGUUUGGCAAUUGGCUCUUAUUUUUUUUCAACAAAAGUUAUAUUGACAAGUCAUCAGGAAACAGUGAGCUAGCACCUGGUUUAUCACACGAUGAUUGCAAACAGCUGCGCUACUGUCCAACUUGCAAAAUAUAUAAACCAGAGAGAAGCCACCACUGCUCGCUCUGUGAUCGCUGCAUCCACCAGCGAGAUCACCAUUGCUUCUUCCUCGGAACUUGCGUGGGAGGCUACAAUUUAUGUUACUUUAUAUUCUUCUGUUUUUAUGCUUGUAUUGGAAAGUAA